GGGGGCUUCGGGGGUGGGUGGGGGGAUCUGGGGCUUUUCUCCCCUCGCCGGCGGCUGCCGCCGAAGAGCGGGGAGACUCGUUUGUUCCGUGAGGGGGGAGUGUGGCUCAGGCGGGCAUGGCGCUGGUGCUGGAGCUCCUCAGGCGGGUGCUGGAGUACUUCGGCUGGCAGCCCCACCAGGCUCUGUUUUUGGAAACGCGCAUAUUCGGCAGCAGCAUCAGCCGUACGAUCAGAACGUGCCUGCCUUCAGCAAUCUCAAGAAGGCAUCUCCAGCAGUUGUAUUCCAUCAUAAGGAAGUACCAGAUCAAGGUCAUACCUGUCUGCCAAAAAAAGAAGUAUGGAUCUGCUCGAAGUGUUGUCCGUAGGAUUGGGACAAUUCUUUCCUUAGAGCCCUACCCAAGACCUUAUUUAAAACUUGUUCAAGACCCAAGUCCCUUGGGUUAUGAUGACCAAAGUAUAGCUCCAGCUCCUGUAGCUCCAUCACUUGCUGAUGUCCUCUGGGUGGCAAAUGAUGAGGGACAAGCAUUUACUAGACUUAAGACCGAAUUAUGGAGAAAAGAAAAAAGUACAGCUUAUUGUGACUUUCAUCCACCUGUAGAUUUAAUACAGAGUGCUCCAAGAAACAGUACACAGAGUCUUGUUGAUCAAGCAGCACUGCAAAAAAUUUCUGCACUUGAAGAUGAAUUAACCUUUCUUCGUACUCAGAUUGCUGCUAUUGUUUCAGCACAGACACUGGGAAGCUUUCCAUCAUUGCAUCCAGAAGCCUUUAAAACAUUCAGCACUCCAGAUGUAUUUUACCCAGUGCCAGCCAUGACUUCUACGCCAUUGUCCGUCUCUCACAACCAGUUUGUAAUUCCUUCGCCACCUCCACUUCCUUCUGGUGGACCAUCUGGUGUUGAUGCCAGUAAUUCAGCAGCUGAACUUAUAAAACAACGUAGUGCAACAAGAAGCAGUGGUUCAGCUGCAGCUGAUAGUGGUGAUCACCAGGGGACAAAAAACGUUCCUAGCAUGAUGGAUGUUUUAAAAGACCUGAACAAAGUUCAGUUGCGAGCUAUUGAGAGGUCACCUGGAGGCACUCCUCUUUCUAGACCCAAAAAGAGGCAAAGUUCAGAUUGGGAUCCUGUUGCUCUACUAACUCAUGCACUAAAGCAGAAAUUUGCACAUAAAAAUGAUGAUGAUGAUUCCUUGGAUAAAGAAAAUCAGUCUUUUGACAGCUCAUCAUUUUCUAGUCCAGAGAUGGUUGGUCCUUGCAGUCGGAAGCCAAAUGGAAAAUCUGGGCUUGUAAGAACUAAUGAAGCUAAACCGGCACCAACGUGGAAAGUGAGAGCUCAUAUUUAACUGAUGGAGACUUCUGAGGAAAGUUUUUUUGAGUAUACAAGUGGUGGGUCCCCUUUUAAACUGCUGUAAGGUCAUGUAAUUUUUCUAGAAAACAUCUCUCCUAUCCUGUUGGAGUUUGGGUUGUGUAGGAAAAUUGCCUCUUCAUUCUCUUUAGAUUCCCGUCAGCCAAACUUGUGAAUGUGAUGCACACAGCCAAAAAAAGUUGUUUAUUCCUAUGGAGCAGUGUGUUUUAAAACCUGAGAAAUAGAGGAAAGAAGUGUGUGUGAACAAAAAAUAAUUAUUGGUUUGGCAGCUGAGGUGUGUGCUCUGCACUUCAGUGCCAAUAAGGAAGUGUAAACUUUUUGUUACUGUGGUGUAAAAAACUCACCACAUGUAAUUAAUAGUAGCUGAUACUGUUUCAUUAUAAUGGUGCAGCUGCCUCAAUUU